AUGCUAGAUAAUGGCUAUAGGAGUGACUUUACUGCAGAAAGCAGUGAAGAAUCUUCACCUGCCCCUGAGGGACCUCCUCCAGCCUAUGUCUUUGGAGUCCCAUUUUCCUCCCUUCCAAUGCUGUGGGCAGGAGCCACAGUAAAUAAUGAGCUGCCGCCUGAAAUCCGGCUUGCCAGUGGUCAGCUAAUGGGUGAUGACCUGUCCCUCCUUACUGCAGGAGAGCUGUCACCUUAUAUCAGUGACCCAGCGCUGAAGCUAUUCCAGUGUGCUGUUUGCAACAAAUUCACCUCUGACAGCCUGGAGGCCCUAAGUGUGCAUGUGAGCAGUGAGCGCUUGCUCCCUGAAGAGGAGUGGAGGGCUGUAAUUGGAGACAUCUACCAGUGCAAGCUCUGUAACUACAACACUCAGCUCAAAGCGAACUUCCAGCUCCACUGCAAGACUGACAAACAUAUGCAGAAAUAUCAACUGGUGGCUCACAUUAAAGAAGGGGGCAAAACUAAUGAGUGGAGGCUGAAGUGUAUUGCCAUUGGCAACCCAGUUCACCUAAAAUGUAAUGCCUGUGACUACUACACCAACAGCGUGGAUAAAUUGCGCUUACAUACUACCAAUCACAGGCAUGAAGCAGCCCUGAAACUGUACAAGCACUUGCAGAAGCACGAGAGCACAGUAAAUCCCGACUCCUGCUAUUACUACUGUGCUCUGUGUGAUUACUCCACCAAGGUCAAGUUGAACCUGGUACAACAUGUCCGCUCAGUGAAGCACCAGCAGACAGAGGGCCUACGCAAGCUGCAGCUACACCAGCAAGGGCUGGCACCAGAGGAGGACAACCUCAGUGAGAUAUUUUUUGUCAAAGACUGCCCACCAAAUGAGCUCGAAGAACAAGGUGAAGAUACAGAAGGGUCUGCUAAAAGUACAUCAGUGGCUGUUGGUGAUGAUAAGGACUCAAGUGAGAGAGACAAUACUGAAGCUAAAAAAACUAGUAAGGACUCUGGAAUAGUCACACCAGAGAAGGAACCAAAAGUGAACACUGUUGUAGGGGCACAACAACUUCUUCUGGCAAAAGAAGAGGAUGGUGCAGCUAAAAAAUCAAAGCCUCCAGAGGACAAUAAAUUUUGUCAUGAGCAGGUUCCUGUACCAGAUGUCAUGAUGCCCAAUAAUAUGCUAUUGCCAGCAGCUGCUUCAGAGAAAUCUGAACGUGACACACCUGCAACCAUUACAGCUGAGGGAUCUGGGAAAUAUUCAGGUGAAAGUCCUGUGGAUGAGAAAAGUACUCCUGGGAUUGAUGAAUCAAAACCUGGAAUGGAAAUUAAGAGUGAGGAGCAGAAGCCACCUAAAGAAUCUACUGAAACGCCAGAAUGGAAUAAGAGUGGCAGUAAAGAUAUAAAGACCACAGAUUCAAUGCCAGAUCAGCUAAAUGAACAGCAGAAGAAGCAACAGCUCUCUGUUUCUGACCGCCAUGUCUAUAAGUACCGUUGUAACCAUUGUAGCUUGGCUUUUAAGACUAUGCAGAAGCUUCAAAUACAUUCCCAGUAUCAUGCUAUUCGGGCAGCUACCAUGUGUAGCCUUUGCCAACGUAGCUUCCGUACAUUCCAGGCUUUAAAAAAACACUUGGAAGCAGGCCACCCUGAACUCAAUGAAGCUGAACUUCAGCAGCUGUGUGCAUCUUUACCUGUUAAUGGUGAACUCUGGGCAGAAGGUGAAAGUAUGGGACAAGAUGAUCAUGCAAUAGAGCAGGAAAUAGAAAGAGAUUAUGAGAUGGACCAGGAAGGUAAAGCAAGCCCUGUAGGAAGUGAUAGUAGCUCUAUUCCAGAUGAUAUGGGCUCAGAACCAAAGCGAACCUUACCUUUUAGAAAAGGGCCAAAUUUUACUAUGGAAAAAUUUCUAGAUCCAUCUCGCCCAUAUAAGUGUACAGUAUGUAAAGAGUCUUUUACUCAAAAGAACAUUCUCCUGGUCCACUAUAACUCAGUCUCCCAUCUACAUAAACUCAAAAAGGUUUUGCAGGAAGCGUCAAGUCCUGUCCCUCAAGAAACCAACAGCAACACUGACAACAAACCCUACAAAUGCAGCAUUUGUAAUGUUGCAUAUAGCCAAAGUUCUACAUUGGAAAUCCACAUGAGAUCUGUGCUUCAUCAGACAAAGGCAAGGGCUGCAAAAUUAGAACCAAGUGGUAAUAUAAGUAGCGGAAAUAGUGUAGCAGGGAAUGUUAAUAGCCCCAGCCAAGGAAUACUAGAUUCUAUGAAUUUACCAGCAGUUAACAGCAAAGAACCACAUUUAGAUGCCAAAGAAUUAAAUAAAAAACAAGCUUCUGAAUUAAUUUCUGCUCAACCUACACAUCACCCACCCCAGUCACCAGCACAACUUCAAAUGCAACUACAGCAUGAACUGCAACAGCAAGCUGCAUUCUUUCAACCCCAAUUUCUAAACCCAGCUUUUUUGCCUCACUUUCCAAUGACACCAGAAGCACUCCUACAGUUCCAGCAGCCUCAAUUCCUUUUCCCAUUUUAUAUACCUGGGACAGAAUUUAGCUUAAGCCCAGACCUGGGUUUGCCUGGUUCUGCCACAUUUGGUAUGCCUGGAAUGGCUGGUAUGACAGGAUCGUUGCUGGAAGAUUUGAAGCAGCAGAUACAAACCCAGCACCAUGUUGGUCAAACACAGCUACAGAUACUGCAGCAACAAGCACAACAAUAUCAAUCCACCCAACCCCAACUUCAGUCCCAAAAACAGCAGCAGCAAAGCAGCAAGCUGAUGAAAGCAGAGCAAACUAGCCUAGUAAGCACAGACUGCCAGUUGAUAAAGGAUAUGCCAUCAUAUAAGGAGUCUGAAGAGAUUUCUGAGAAACAAGAGAAGCCAAAGCAAGAAUUUACUAAUGAGAGUGAAGGACUGAAAGAAAACAAAGAUAUGAAAAAAUCAAAAUCCUCCGAACCAGCCAUCCCACCACCCAGAAUAGCUUCUGGAGCAAGGGGAAAUGCAGCCAAGGCUUUAUUGGAGAACUUUGGUUUUGAGCUAGUUAUCCAAUACAAUGAGAACAGACAAAAAGUGCAGAAAAAAAGCAAGACUGGUGAAGGUGAUAAUACAGACAAACUAGAAUGUGGAACCUGCAGUAAGCUCUUUUCCAACAUUCUUAUUCUGAAGAGUCAUCAAGAACAUGUGCAUGGGCAAUUUUUUCCAUAUGGGGCAUUAGAAAAGUUUGCUCGACAGUACAGGGAGGCAUAUGACAAGCUUUAUCCAAUUUCUCCAUCCUCUCCAGAAACACCUCCACCACCACCACCACCUCCGCCACCACCGCCACCUCCUCCUCCUCCAACUCCUUCUCAGCCUUCUUCAGCUGGGGCUGCAAAAAUUCAGAACACAACUCCCACUCCUUUGCAAGCUCCACCACCAACACCACCACCACCUCCUCCUCCUCCACCACCACCUCCUCCACCACCACCACCACCAUCUGCCCCACCUCAAGUCCAGCUUCCUGUUUCACUUGAUCUCCCACUCUUCCCUCCAAUUAUGAUGCAGCCAGUGCAGCAUCCUGCACUGCCUCCUCAGCUUGCCCUCCAGUUGCCACCAAUGGAUACUCUGUCUGCAGAUCUUACCCAGCUUUGUCAGCAGCAGCUGGGAUUAGAUCCUAAUUUCCUGCGCCACUCUCAGUUCAAGCGUCCACGUACACGAAUCACAGAUGAUCAGUUAAAAAUAUUGCGGGCUUAUUUUGAUAUUAACAAUUCUCCAAGUGAAGAACAGAUCCAAGAAAUGGCUGAGAAGUCUGGUCUUUCACAGAAAGUUAUCAAGCACUGGUUUCGUAAUACACUGUUUAAAGAACGACAGAGAAAUAAAGAUUCUCCAUAUAACUUCAGCAACCCUCCCAUAACAGUGUUGGAAGAUAUCAGAAUAGAUCCUCAGCCUUCAGCAGUUGAACCUUACAAGUCUGAUGCAUCUUUCAGCAAGAGGUCAUCUAGAACGCGGUUUACUGAUUACCAGCUUCGUGUCCUCCAAGACUUCUUUGAUACAAAUGCUUAUCCAAAGGAUGAUGAAAUUGAACAACUUUCAACUGUUCUUAACCUACCUACUCGAGUUAUUGUUGUAUGGUUCCAAAAUGCACGGCAGAAAGCUCGCAAAAGUUAUGAAAAUCAAGCUGAAACUAAGGACAAUGAGAAAAGGGAAUUGACGAAUGAACGCUACAUUCGAACUAGUAACAUGCAGUAUCAGUGCAAAAAGUGCAGUGUGGUUUUUCCCAGGAUCUUUGAUUUGAUUACGCAUCAGAAAAAGCAGUGUUAUAAAGAUGAAGAUGAUGAUGCUCAAGAUGAAAGCCAAACUGAAGAUUCCAUGGAUGCAUCAGAUCAAACAGUAUAUAAGAACUGCACAGUUUCUGGCCAAAACGAUGCAUCAAAAAGCCUGGCAGUCACGGCAGCAAGCUCUGGUUCUGGUUCUAGUACUCCUUUGAUUCCAUCCCCCAAACCAGAGGCUGAGAAGGCUUCUCCUAAACCAGAGUCGAAUGAAAAACCAAAACCAAAUGAAACCAUCUCCAAGCAAACUGAUACAACUUCCCAAAGUACCAAACCAGUACCAUCUGCUCCAGUAACCCCUUCUGAUCCUCAGCCCUCUGCUUCUCAACCACAGCAACAAAAACAAUCACAAAUAAUAGGGAGACCUCCUUCUGCAUCACAGACUACACCUGUUCCUUCCAGUCCUUUACCAAUUUCAAUGACUCCUCUACAGAACAGUCUACCUCCUCAGUUAUUACAGUACCAAUGUGAUCAGUGUACAGUUGCCUUUCCAACUCUAGAACUUUGGCAAGAGCACCAGCACAUGCAUUUCCUAGCAGCCCAAAACCAAUUUAUUCACUCACAGUUUCUAGAGAGACCAAUGGAUAUGCCCUAUAUGAUAUUUGACCCCAAUAAUCCUUUGAUGACUGGACAGUUGCUUAAUAGUUCUCUUGCUCAGAUGCCACCACAAACUGGCUCAUCACAUGCAGCACACCCUGCCACAGUUUCCGGUUCCAUGAAACGAAAACU